AUGGAGGCAAAGCUUCGUGUAAUUAUUGAUGACCAAAUCGAGAAGUUGGUUCUUCCAUCAGGGAUCCCACCAACAUUGGAGGAGCUGCAGAGUGUUGUGAAGGAUACUUUUGGGAUUUCAAAUGACUUCAGUCUUCAGUAUUUUGACCCAGAAUUCCAGGACUACUUCACUCUUCACAGAGCUGACCAGAUAAAAGACAAAGACACUGUGAAGGUUGUUGGCAUCACCCCAGUCAUGCUAAGCUUGACUCCGGUUGAUGACAGUUUUGGCGGCCCCUCUGGCCAACUGUCUGACUAUGACUCCUCAUAUGCUGAGUCAGUUGUAUCCAAUGCAGACUCUGCUGCAACUACUUCUUCUCAGGACACCAUUAUUCUCAAAAGGCAGAAGACCACAGAACGUUGUGAGCCCUGGCCGAAACAGUUUCCCAUUCCACAGUUUGCAUAUGAAACUGAGAUGUACCUGGAAAGAGCCACUGAGGAGUAUAAAAAGAAUGGAAAUCUUCUGCCCACCUCCAAAGUAAAGACUGAUAUUCUUGAGAACAUUGAAGACAUCAAAGCCAGAUGGCCAGCAUUGUUUGAGGCAUCUCAUCUGCAGGAUGAGUUCUACAGGAUCACCCUGGUACACCUUGAACCCAAAUUCAUGUCCAUGCUGGAUGAGUACACUCCCAAACUGUUGGCCCUUUUCCAUUCCAAGGGGGGAGCCAUGGGAUUGAAGUUGCAGGCUAUCAUAGCCAAGUCACCAAGCAAUCCUAGCAAUGACAUAACCAGAAAUCUGGUUAUUCGGUGCUUGAUGGUGUACCUUGGGGAGUCCAUUGAUCAACUGAUCAAAGAGUACAGUGAUGCUGAUGAGGAUGGUGUGUCACAAGAUCUUUCUGAACAGAGGAUGAAAAUCUACAAAAUCAAGGCUGUUGGAUCUGAGGAGGAUGACAUUGGCAUUGUGCUGGAGGGUGUGAGAGUUAUGCCUGCUCUGGGCAAUUUUCCAAGAGCAUGCGCAAUGCUGGUUGAAUUGACAUAUGCAGUCAAUCUUGCCUAUCCCAAAGAGCUAAAAUACACCUUGGAAGUAUUCCAGAAAACUUUCCUUGAACUGGAUUGUGCUAAGCUCUCACCAAAAGUGAACAGCCUCAAGAACAAGUUAUUGGCUUAAGUGAGGACUCUGAAAGAAUGAAAGGGAAAUAAGCUCACUGAAAACCUUUGGUUUGUCUUUGUUAGAUGCAGCUAUCUUUUCAGUUUUCAAAAUAAUUUCAA